UUUACACCCAUAUGAUCUUCUUCAAUUAUAACACUAUACUCUUCUCCCAAUCAGACACAUGUGCAUCCUUUCUUGAAUCUCUAUGAUCUCCAUAUAUACGCGCAAUCCUUCUUUGCCUUUUUUUUUUUUUUAAUUCUCUCUCUCUCUCUCUCUCUCUCUCUCUCUCAAUAAAUGCCACUCUACCCACAUUUCUGAACAAAGACUUUUUGAGUUUCAGCGAUGAAAUCCAAAGCCAUACUCAUCCUAGCGCUCUUGCUCAUCCCGGCCAUCUUUGCGCUCCCAGAUCAUCAUGCCGCCGGGGUAACUCGGAAGCACGGCAAGCACCACCACCACCGCCGUGAACAUCCGCGUUCCGGGAAGACCGCGGAGAAAGACAGCGGCGGCGGUGGGGGGUUUGCGGGGGGGUUUUUUGGGCCGGGAAACGACUUCGGGAUGCCGGAUUUUGGGAGCGGGUAUGGGGCCGGGUUCGGAGGCCCGAACGGAGGAGGGUAUGCGAAGGGAGGGGCGGUGAGACCGACGGUGGUGUGCAAGGAAAAGGGCCCGUGUUACGGCAAGACGCUGAGGUGCCCGGAGAAGUGCUUCAAGGCGUAUAGCCGCGCCGGGAAGGGCUACGGCUACGGCGGCGGCGGCGGCGGUUGUACCAUGGACUGCACCAAGAAAUGUCUUGCUUACUGUUAAUCACUUAUUAUCAUUAUGAUUAUAAUUAUAAUUAUAAUCUCGUUUAAUGUUUAAGAGAUUUAUGAACUCUAUUUAUUGUUUAAGCAGUGUGUGGGUAGAAGGUUUGAUCGGGAGAAAUGUGUGGCAUCGUAGUACAAUGUAUCUAUCUUCGGCCAACGGAGUUUAAUUUGAUGUUUUUCGUUUUAUUUAAGGUUUUGAAUUAUUUUGACGACAUAAAUUACAUUUGACGUGAUCUUUGAAUUAUUU